GGUGAUUAUUAUGUUAUUGCAGUCUGUUUAAUGAUUGAUUGGCAAAUCAAUUACGUGGCUAGCUGAGUCCAAUCCAAAUGUAGAAUUUUCUCAUUUCAAGGCCAGCCUAACUUGCUGCUUUCUCUGAACUCACACACAUUGCAACAUUUUUAUCUUUGGACACGAGUUUUACAUUAGCCAGCAUGGCCGCCUUGCGUGCAGCCAAACAAGCUAUGAGGCGAGAAAUAAAGAAACGAGUAGCUGCGUUGGACGAUCAAGAGAAACUUCGCCAGUCUCGAGUCAUUUCGCAAAAGCUCUUCAAGCACCCCAAGUAUGCUAGCUGUGAGCGCAUCGCUGUGUUCCUCAGCAUGCAUGACGAGGUGAGAACCGAGGAGAUAAUUCAGGACUUGUUUAAGCACGGUAAGACCUGCUUUAUGCCCAAGUACUUGACACAGGGCACCAGUAACCACAUGGACAUGGUGAAGCUCACCAGCAUGGAGGAUAUGAUGUCACUGCCUCUGACUUCUUGGAACAUCAGACAGCCUACUGCCAACGACAACACCAGAGAGGAGGCCUUGGAGACAGGAGGUCUUGACCUGAUCUUGAUGCCAGGCCUGGGAUUUGACAGGAAUGGGAACCGGCUGGGCCGAGGGAAGGGCUUCUACGACACAUACCUGGAACGCUGUAUGAAGCACCCCAAGGGGAAGCCGUACACCAUCGCUCUGGCCUUCAGGGAGCAGCUGUGUCAGGACAUACCCGUGGGUGACAACGACGUGCUGAUAGACGAGGUCCUGUAUGAUGUCCUGGACUAGUUAAAAGGCACAUUUUCAUAUUUCUGAAGUAAAUCUCUAUUUGUGAUGUAAAUGGCAUGUUCUAGAAGGGUUCAGACACCUUUUUUGUGGUUUGGCUUGUUUUUGAGAAACUUACCCCAGCCGUGAUUCACUUCCUUGCUCGUUGUGCAGUAAUCGGGCAACGCAAAAGACAUGAAUAAAACACACCCAAAUAUGUCGUUUUAGAAACGGACACACUUUCAGUAUAGUGAUGUAGGUCUUUAGAUGUUGUACACAUUCAAUUGUGUCAUUCCAGACUUUAUCCACAACGUUAGCUUCCAUUUUGUGCGACUGGAGCCGUUUCUUCUAGCAGCUGUGCUGCGCGGGCUGUGUCCGUGUACUAUAGGGACACGCUCAACCUGCACAGCUGCAGGGGGGAAACAGUGCAAGUCGACCAAAAUGGAUUAUAAUGUUGCGGAUACAUUUCGGAAUGACACAUGUACAACAUCUUAAGACCUACAUCACUAUACUGAAAAUCCAUUUCUAAAAGGACAUAUUUGGGUGUUUUUUGAGCUUUUGUUCAUGUCUUUUAUGUGCCCUGGUACUGCACAACAAGCAAUGAGGAAGUGUAUCAUGGCUGGGAGAAACGUAUGGAAAACAAGACAAAUCACACAAAACAGUGACUGGACCCUUCUAGAACAUGCCAUUUACACCAGAAACAGAGAUCUAAUUCAGAAAUAGGAAAAUUCUCCUUUAACUGUGAUGGGAAUAGUCAACUGGACUACAAUGGUAUGACGAUGAAAUCAGUGGAGGUUGAGGGGAGGACGGCUCAUAAUAAUGGCUGGAACAGAGCAAAUGGAAUGGCAUCAAACCAUGUAUUUACAUACCAUUCCACUGAUUCCGCUCUUGCCAUUACCACAAGCCCGUCCGCCCCAAUUAAGGUGCCACCAACCUGUGGAUGAAAUUGUAUUAUACAGCACAUGAUAUCAUAUUAUGUGAUCCCAGCUAACAGAUAUUGGUUCCCAGAACAUUGUGGGAAAGUUAUUUCAAACAACCAAAAGAGAGCCUUUAGGGAACGUUCAGUGCUAGCUGUGAUGAUAUUGUUUGGUAUGUUGAUAUGAUAUUAUCAUAAGACAUGAAGCUGUGAACUAGUCAACAGGACAGUGGUAGAGCUGAGCCUGGUGGCCUCAUUCCAAAUGGAUCAUUAGCCCUUACUCCAAGGUGUUUGUUUAAAUACGGAUCCAAUCCAUUUAAAUCUUCUAGUGGGGGCAUCAACAAGGGCCUAAGUAAGGGGCCAGGGUUCAGUUUGGACUUCUAAAGUGCUUGCUAAAGACCCCUAGUGAUCAUAAUGGUCAAACGAGUUGUCUUAGAAUGUGCCUGAAUUGGUGAGGAAUAAACUGUUCUCUACAGAUGACACUACUACCAGAUGACACUACCUUGUUUCCAUUUCAAGAUUCCUGUGAUUUCAGUUCUUAGAUUUUUUUUAAACUGUCAAACUUCCUGGUCUUCUGUAAUGAGAUGAUUAUGCUGCCAUCAGGGGACACAGGAAGUUCGGUUAAGAAUAAAGACUGCUGAAUGAA